AUGGCUUUCUUGGAGGACACAACUAUUGUAUUCGUUUCACAGGUACUGUUUUUUGUUGGUGGUUGGAUUUUCUUUGUCAAACAACUAUUCAAGAACUAUGAGAUUCGCCACAUAUCAGUUCAGCUUAUAUUCUCUGUGACGUUUGCUUUGUCGCUGACUAUGUUCGAGCUAAUUAUUUUCGAAAUUCUGGGAGUUCUGGACAGCAGUUCGCGGUAUUUCCAUUGGCGACUGGGUCUAACGUCAUUGCUUCUUAUGGUCAUAGCUGUUAUUCCACUGUACAUCUUGUACUCGGUCAUACACAGCAUAUCUUUUGUCUCUGAAAAAUGGGUCCGAAUAAUGACUGUUUGCUGCUGGUUUGUAUUUCUGUAUUCCUUGUGGCGCAUUGGAGAACCUUUUCCACUACUAAGCGUGUCAAAUGGUAUAUUCACGAUAGAGCAGGGAGUAUCGAGAAUUGGGGUUAUUGGGGUUACAGUAAUGGCGAUUCUUUCAGGAUUUGGUGCUGUUAACUGUCCCUUCCAAAGCAUGACGUAUUUUAUUCGGCCCGUUUCUCAGAGUGAUAUACUUAACUUAGAACGCCGACUUCUCCUAACUGUAGACAUGUUAACGGGAAAGAAGAAACGCAUUGCAUUGGAGAUGCACCGAAGGAACAAAUCAAAUCAGUCCCGCCCCCGUUUAUGGAAUAUUCUAAGUUCAGCGGUGAACAGAGCCGACACUGGAGGCGAAAAUAUAAAUCAGUUGCGUAUGGAGAUAUAUGGCUUAGAAGAACUGCUGAGACAGUUGUUUCUCGAAAUCAAUUACUUGAAAAACAUGCAGGAACGUCAGAAAUGGUCGCAAACACUACAAGGCAAAUACUUUAAUGUGAUUGGGCAUUUCUUCAGUGUCUAUUGUCUGUAUAAGAUAUUCAUGUGUUGUGUGAAUAUUAUCUUCGACAGAGUUGGUCGGAAAGACCCAGUAACUAGAGGUCUCGAAAUAGCGGUUCAUUGGUGUGGCUUUGAUAUAGACCUGGCAUUUUGGAACCAACAUAUAUCCUUUUUGUUAGUGGGAUGUAUUGUUGUAACAUCUAUAAGAGGUUUGCUGCUGACAUUGACUAAGUUUUUCUACCGCAUUUCGUCAAGCAAAUCUUCCAAUAUAAUCGUCUUGAUAUUGGCCCAAAUUAUGGGCAUGUAUUUCUGUUCUUCGGUAUUGUUAAUGCGUAUGAAUAUGCCAGCCGAAUAUCGUGUUAUUAUUACCGAAGUACUAGGCAACCUUCAUUUUAACUUCUACCAUCGAUGGUUCGAUGUAAUAUUUUUGGUGAGCGCACUAUCCACGAUUGUGGUUUUGUAUUUGUCACAGAAACCCUGGAAUUAUGUCGAUACAACAUUGGAAUAA